CAACUACUAUACUUGUAUGAUUCGACUCAAAAAGGAAAAAAAAUGCUUGGUAAUGGCUUCUGCUGCUCCUCCUUCUUUCUGGGGUUGGUGUUAUUGUUUCUGUUGUUGGGCUCAGAAGCUCAUACAAGCAAAAAAGAACUCACUUGUCAAAAAGAUAAUAGAACUAAUCCAAGAGUUGGAGUGAUUUUUGAUAGUGGGUCUCAAAUUGGGAAGCAACAGAUGGUGGCAAUGAAAAUGGGUUUAAGGGAUUUUCAUUUGGCUUCUUCAUGUGUUAAGUAUAAGUUGGAGCUUCUCCUCCAUGAUUAUUCUCAUCCAAACUUUACUUCCCCACCUUCUUCUGCUUUGGAUCUCAUUACUAAAGGAGGAGUCAAAGCGGUAAUUAUUGGAUUAUCGAGAAAGCAAGAUUCGAUUGUCAUCUUCGACCAUAAAAUUCUUGUCGGAAUUCCUAUACUUUCCAUUUCAACUACACAAUUAUUACACCCUCUCAAAAUUCCAUCUUUGAUUCAAAUGGCUAACAAUAACAUCACCCAUCACAUCAUUGCUUCAAUUUUGACCCAUUUCCAAUUGUCACCAAAAGUCACCAUCUUUUGUGAAAUCACAAAUAUUCAUCAUCCCUCUAACAUCUCAGUCCAUCGCCACUUCGAUUCAUUUCGACCGGUUAAUAUAGAGAUCAACCGCCUUGUAGCCUUAUCUUCCUCCUCCAAUAUUAUUCAAGCCGAAAUAUUGAUUGAAAAUGAAUUGAAAAAGCUUAUGAAUAACCAAAGAAAUGGGGUUUUUAUAGUAACGCAACUUUCUCUAGAAUUGGUUGAUCUUCUUUUUACAAAAGCAAAGAAAAUGAAUAUGAUUGGAAAUGGGUAUACUUGGAUUGUCUCACAUGAAGUUUUUGACCUCAUUUCCUCUUUAGAUUCUUCUUCUUCCCUUUUGAACAAAAUGGAAGGGGUUAUUGGGUUUCAAACAUAUUUCAAUGACACCAAAAUGUCCCUCAAAAGCUUUGAAACCAAGUUUAAGAAGAUUUACAAAUUAGAAUAUCCACAAGAAGAAGAGCCAACAAAAGCAAGUAUUUUUGCCAUUCAAGCUUAUGAUGCAGCUCAUGCCAUCACUAGUGCCAUGGAAAACAUGGGAGUUGAAAAUUUAAGCUCAUCAAGUGAAGAACUAAAGGAGAAAAUUUUAGAGAGCAAUUUUGAAGGGGUUAGUGGAAUGGUGAGAUUCUCCAAGAAUAAUAAUGGGAUGUUAAUAUAUGAAUCACCAAAUUUCAAAAUCAUUAAAGUGGUGGAUCAUGCCUACAAAGAAGUGGCGUUUUGGACAGGCAAAUUUGGUUUUGUUGAGAAGUCUGUGGAAAUUAAUAAAAAAGAAGCUUUGAGAUCCAACAAAAUGGGAAAGAUGGGUGUUAGAGAAUUGUCGGAAAUGAGGGUUUCCAAAGCAAAUAGUAAUAAUGGAGAAAGAAAGCUGAGAUUUGCUGUUCCAGGGCAAGGAGCUUGUCAAGAAUUUGUAAACGUGAGCUACUAUUCCAAUGGGACGGCCAAAAAUUUCUCUGGAUUUUCCAUUGAUGUGUCUAGGGCAGUUAUGAAUAAUAUUAAAAACAUAUCGGCCUACGAUUUGUUUCCUUUUAAUCACUCAUAUGAUGACAUGAUUAAGGCAGUCUACCAUAAGGAAUACGAUGGAGCAGUAGGGGACAUUACAAUAUUGGCAAAACGAUUUGAACAUGUGGAUUUCACAGUGGCAUAUUUGAACACAGACAUUGUGAUGGUGGUAACAGAGAAGCAAGAGAAGUGGAAAAGGCGGUGGGCUUUCAUGGAGGCUUUUGAACUUCCAGUGUGGCUCUUAAUACCCACAAUGCAUAUUUUUGUUUCCUUUGUUAUUUGGCUAAUUGAACAUCAAAAUAACGACGAGUUGAAGGGUUUCGGAAACAUGGUGUGGUUUUCGGUUUCCUUCAUCUUUUACAUGCACAGAGAGCCAGUGAAGAAUGGGUUGGCUCGGUUAGUGAUGGGGCCAUGGUUGUUUGCAAUUCUAGUGGUGACAACGAGUUUCUCGGCGAGUUUAACAUCGUUGAUGACAAACUCUUGGUCUCAACCUUCGGUGCUCGACGUUGAAACGCUGAAGCAGAUGCCGGACGCCACCGUUGGCUGCAAUUCUGAAUCAUUCAUAUACAAUUACCUCAACAGUACCCUAGAAUUUGAGCCUUCCAAAAUUAAGAAGAUGAAUUCCAUAGACGAUUAUCCAAAAGCAUUAAAGAAUGGUAGCAUUAAAGCUGCUUUCUUCAUAAGCCCCCAUGCAGAUAUUUUCCUUGCCAAAAAUUGCAAAGGCUACACCAAAGCCGUUUCCUCUUUCAAGCUCGGUGGAAUUGGCUUUGCUUUUCGGAAGGGGUCUGAACUUGGUGCGGAGGUUUCUAGAUCGAUUGCGGAAUUAACUCUAGCAAACAAUAUAUCAACGAUGGAACACAAAUUACUGGAGUCUUUCAAAUGCUCUUCAAGUGACAAAGAAAACGGGCUGGGCUUAGGACCUGAGCCUUUCCUGAACUUAUUCAUAAUUUGUGGGUCUAUUGCUUUGUUGGUCUUGAUGUAUAUUAUGGGCCUACAAUUCAUGGUUUCAUGGAAAUCUUAAUGCUCUAUUUUGCUUUGGUUUUUAUUGUCUCUCUUUUAGGCACGCUCUUAGGCAAUGCAAUCACAUUUUCGAUGUUCUAGCUACUAGAGGUAGACGAGAUUUUGUUGCUUUUAUGGCGAUUUUCCUAUUGCUAGAGAAUGGUGAUCGAGUUGAUGUAGCUCAUGAGACCUUUUCUUUUACGAAUGUUUAAAUGU